CCCCGCCAGCGCCUCCUUGCCCAGCACCGCUGAGGAGGGACGCGGAGAAGGGGAGGAAGAGCCGGCGGGUGGCCUGAGCGGUGAGCUGGGGCCAGGGGCUGGCCGACCAGAGGAGACCAUCAUGGAGAAGGGCCCGGAGGGGCCUGGCGAGGCCCCGGGCCCAGGGGAGGACGCCAUGUUGGGCACCCCUGAGCCUGGGGAAGAGAAAACGGAGGAGCCAAGAGCAGUAGCUGCUCCCGAGGCGGGAGAGGAAGGGGGUGAGCAGAGCUCAGAGGAAGAUGACGAGCAGGGGGAGUCCGAGGAAGAUGAACAUGAUGACUCUGAGGAAGAUGGAGGUGAGGCAGAGUCGGAGGAGGAGGGAGAGUCUAAGGAGGAGGAAGAGUCUGAGGAAGAUGGUGCCGGGCCGGCAGGGCCAGAGAACGGAGCUGAAGAGAGUGACCGGCGGGAGAGGAAGGGGGUGAGCAGAGCUCAGAGGAAGAUGACGAGCAGGGGGAGUCCGAGGAAGAUGAACAUGAUGACUCUGAGGAAGAUGGAGCCCCUCCUCGGAGCCAAGCAGUUGCCCACGAUGCUUCCCCCGGCAGCCACAGCCCUGGCAACCUCCGCCAAGCCUCCAGGAGCUUUUGUAAAAGAGAAACGGUGCGGUGUGCCAAAGGCGACAGUGGGUGCCAAGGCGCACGAAGAGGUUGAAGAUGCCACCGAGCUGACCAAGCGUGACCGGUCCCACUUGGAGAGCACCCUCAAGCUGAAUGAGGACAAACCUGCAGACGAUUUCUCAGGAGUACUGCAGCGGCUGAGGAAGAUCUACCAUGCCUCCAUCAAGCCCCUGGAGCAGUCCUACAGAUACAACGAGCUGAGGCAGCACGAGAUCACAGCUUACCCCGGACGCACCCUGGGCUCCUCCGCCACAGAUGGGGAGAUCACUUCCAAGCCAAUGGUGCUAUUCCUGGGACCGUGGAGCGUCGGCAAAUCCUCCAUGAUAAACUACCUCCUCGGGCUGGACGACACUCCCUACCAGCUCUACACAGGGGCAGAGCCCACCACCUCCGAAUUCACUGUCAUCAUGCACGGCCCCAAGCUGAAGACCAUCGAGGGCAUCGUGAUGGCUGCUGACAGCGCCCGCUCCUUCUCGCCCCUGGAGAAGUUUGGGCAGAACUUCUUGGAGAAGCUGAUAGGGAUCGAGGUACCUCACAAACUGCUGGAGCGAGUCACCUUUGUGGACACGCCGGGCAUCAUUGAAAACCGCAAGCAGCAAGAACGAGGUUACCCAUUCAACGACGUGUGCCAGUGGUUCAUUGACAGAGCUGAUCUCAUCUUCGUUGUCUUUGACCCUACGAAGCUGGACGUGGGCUUGGAGCUGGAGAUGCUGUUUCGCCAGCUGAAGGGUCGCGAGUCUCAGAUCCGAAUCAUCUUGAACAAAGCCGACAGCCUGGCUACCCAGGAGCUCAUGAGAGUCUACGGUGCCUUAUUCUGGAGCCUGGCUCCUCUCAUCAACGUCACGGAACCACCCAGGGUGUACGUUAGCUCCUUCUGGCCCCAGGAAUACCAUCCAGAUACCCACAAAGACCUGUUCCUCAAAGAAGAGAUAUCGCUCCUGGAAGAUCUCAACCAGGUGAUUGAGAACAGGAUGGAAAAUAAGAUCGCGUUCAUACGCCAGCACGCCAUCCGGGUGCGCAUCCACGCCCUUUUGGUCGAUCGCUAUCUACAGACCUACAAGGACAAAAUGACCUUCUUUAGCGAUGGAGAACUGGUGUUCAGGGACAUUGUGGAAGAUCCUGACAAAUUCUUUAUCUUUAAGUCCAUUCUGGCAAAGACCAACGUCAGCAAAUUUGACCUCCCCAACCGCGAGGCUUACAAGGACUUCUUUGGCAUCAACCCCAUCACCAGUUUUAAGCUGCUGUCUCAGCAGUGUUCCUACAUGGGAGGGUGUUUCCUAGAGAAGAUCGAGAAGGCCAUCACUCGGGAGCUUCCCGAUCUCCUGGGAAGCAUCGGUUUGGGGAAGAAGCCCAACGUUCUCUCCUGCGACAUCACUGGCUGUGGCGAAACCCCAAAGAAUCGCUACAGGAAACCCUAAGGUGUUCUGUAAUAUAACCAUCCGCGUGUUCCUACUGGUGAAUGAGCUUAUGUCUUAUCUGUCCAAGAAGCCGUGGUUUGUUAACCCUUUGAGUGCCACACUGGCAAAGGCUACUGUACGAUGAGGACUUUGAGUCAUUGACAUCGAUGGCAGGGGAAGAUGGGUGGGCAUAAGAAAGAGAAUAAAAACUGUGAAU